AUGGCUAUGGAAGCACUUAACUCACCCACCACCGCUACUCCUUUCACUCCCUUCGAGGAACCCAAUCUCAGUUACCUCGAUACACCGUGGACCAAAGGUAAACGUUCUAAGCGCUCUCGUAUGGAUCAAUCUUCAUGCAGUGAAGAAGAGUAUCUCGCUCUUUGUCUCAUCAUGCUCGCUCGCAGCGGCAACAACUCCGCCGCCAAACAGACUCUAUCUGAUACUGAAUCGGCGCCGGCGCCGCUAACCACCGAUAAACUCAGUCACAAAUGCUCUGUCUGCAAUAAAGCUUUUUCAUCUUACCAAGCACUCGGAGGACACAAAGCCAGCCACCGGAAACUCCUUAUGUCAACGCCUGAAGAUCAGAAACACACCGCCACCACCACCACCUCAUCUGCCGUGACUACCAGCUCUGCAUCCAAUAAGAUCAAGACUCACGACUGUUCCAUCUGUCACAAAUCCUUCCCUACCGGACAGGCUUUGGGUGGACACAAGCGUUGCCACUACGAAGGCGGUGCAGGCGGCGGAGCCGGAAGUAGCGCCGUAACCGCCUCUGAAGGAGUUGGAUCCUCUCACAGCCAGCACCGAGAUUUUGAUCUUAACCUCCCGGCUUUUCCGGACUUUUCAAAGAAGUGUUUCGUGGAUGACGAGGUUUCCAGCCCUCUACCUGCAGCCAAGAAGCCAUUUCUUUUCAAGAUUGAAAUUCCUCAACACUGA